AUGGAAGAGCUGGUAGGGCUGCGUGAGGGGUCUUCAGGGAACCCUGUGACUCUGCGGGAGCUAUGGAGCCCAUGUCCCCGCAUCCGCAGAGGCAUCAGAGAUGGCCUGGAGUGGCUGAAGCAGAAGCUGUUCCGUGAGGGUGAGGACUGGCACCUCCUGAUGACCCUCGGGGUGCUCAUGGCCCUCGUCAGCUAUGCCAUGAACUUCGUCAUAGGCCGUGUGGUCCGAGCACACAAGUGGCUGUAUCGGGAGAUUGGGGACAGCCACCUGCUCCGAUAUCUCUCCUGGACCGUAUACCCUGUGGCCCUCGUCUCCUUCUCCUCAGGCUUCUCCCAGAGCAUCACACCCUUCUCCGGAGGUUCUGGAAUCCCGGAACUGAAAACCAUCCUGUCUGGUGUGAUCUUGGAAGACUAUCUGGAUAUCAAGAACUUCGGGGCCAAGGUGGUGGGGCUCACCUGCACCCUGGCCAGCGGCAGCACUGUGUUCCUGGGCAAAGUGGGUCCCUUCGUGCACCUGUCUGUGAUGAUCGCUGCCUACCUGAGCCGCGUGCGCACCAAGGCAGUCAGAGAGUCUGAGAACAGGAGCAAGCAAAAGGAAAUGCUCGUGGCAGCAGCUGCGGUGGGCGUGGCCACAGUCUUCGCAGCGCCCUUCAGCGGCGUCCUCUUUAGCAUCGAGGUCAUGUCUUCCCACUACACUGUCUGGGAUUACUGGUGGUCCUUCUUUGCUGCCACCUGCGGAGCCUUCAUGUUCCGCCUCCUGGCGGUCUUUAACAGCGAGCAGGAGACCAUCACCUCCCUCUUCAAGACCAGUUUCCGAGUGGAUGUCCCCUUUGACCUGCCCGAGAUCUUCUUUUUUGUGGUGCUGGGGGCCAUCUGUGGCAUCCUGAGCUGUGCGUACCUCUUCUGUCAAAGAACUUUCCUCCACUUCAUCAGAACCAAUAGGUUCACAUCCAAACUGUUGGCCACCAGCAAGCCAGUGUACUCCACCUUGGUGACCUUGGUCCUUGCCUCCAUCACCUACCCCCCUGGUGUGGGCCGUUUCAUGGCCUCUCGGCUGUCCAUGAAGGAACAUCUAGAUUCCUUGUUCGACAACAACUCGUGGGCUCUCAUCAGUUGGAACUCGACUCCUCCCUGGCCGGCUGAGCCUGACUCCCAGAACCUGUGGUUUGAGUGGUACCAUCCACAGUUUACCAUCUUUGGGACCCUUGCCUUCUUCCUGGUUAUGAAGUUCUGGAUGCUAAUUCUGGCUACCACAAUCCCCAUACCAGCUGGGUACUUCAUGCCCAUAUUCAUCUUCGGAGCUGCCAUCGGGCGCCUUUUGGGGGAGGCCUUGUCUGUUGCCUUCCCCAAGGGCAUCUUGGCUGGAGGUGUCACCUAUCCCAUCAUCCCCGGGGGAUAUGCCUUGGCAGGGGCUGCAGCCUUCUCAGGGGCAGUGACCCACACCAUCUCCACGGCUAUACUGGCUUUUGAACUGACCGGCCAGAUUGUGCAUGCAUUGCCUGUGCUGAUGGCGGUGCUGGCGGCCAACGCCAUUGCCCAAAGCUGCCAGCCUUCCUUCUAUGAUGGCACCAUCAUCGUCAAAAAGCUGCCUUACCUGCCAUGGAUCCGGGGCCGCAGCAUUAACUCCCACUGUGUGACUGUGGAGCACUUCAUGAGCUGCGCCAUCACCACGCUGGCCAAGGACACACUGCUCGAGGAGGUGGUCAAGGUCGUGACCUCUACAGAAGUGGCCAAGUACCCUCUGGUGGAGAGCAAAGAGUCUCAAAUUCUGGUGGGCAUUGUGAGAAGGGACCAGUUGGUGCAGGCCCUCCAGGCUGAGCCACCUUCCUGGGCUCCAGAACGCCAGCAGUGUCUCCAGGACAUCUUGGCUGGGGCCUGUCCUGUGGAGCCCGUGACCCUGCAGCUGUCUCCAGAGACCUCCCUGCACCAGGCACAUAGCCUCUUCCAGCUGAUGAACCUCCAGUCCCUCUUCGUGACAUCGCAGGGCAGAGCUGUGGGCUUCGUGUCCUGGGUGGAGUUGAAGAAAGCAAUUUCUAACGUGACCAAUCCACCAGCCCCAAAGUGA